UGGUGAAUUUUUUUAGGGUCUAUAUCGUGAAGACGAUAGAUUUGGUCCAGGCAUUUAUACCGAUGCUGCAGGGUGUCAAGACGUCGGUAUUUGGUUAUCAUCUCAACUAAUUCGUUUGUCCAGAACCUUUGAGGCUGAGCAAAUGAUGCCUCGUUUGGCUGUUAAAGAUGAGGAUAAAAUUACAAUUUUACAAUACCGUCAAAUUGUGCAUCUACAAAAGGAUGCUGCAAAACAUUUGGCAGAGAACUUAAUCGAAUCUCUGAUGCAUUCACGAAAUUUUGACAAAAAUGCUCUUAAACGAGCCAGCGAAUUGUACAACCCACAGUGUAAAGACAACAGAGCACUGUGGUUUAACAAACCAAGGUAUGACGAGACAUUUUUUGGAAAUGAAUCCGAGCAAUUUACAAUAGAUGUUCUUAUGACGGAUGAAGAAAUCCAGUUAAAAAUUGCCGAAAACGAAGAAAAAAGCACUACUAUGAUGAAAGAUUUGGCCAUUGAUACUACACCACAGAUUCAUGAAUCAAGAGUUGUUCUCGAAGUAUUACAUGAUUCGGUAGAUAUUGGUGCAAAAGAGCAAUACACCAGAGACGAUUCGAAUGACGACAAACAGAUUAAAAUAUCAAACAAAUAUGAAAAUAAAGAAGAAUCUGAUUAUUGCGGUAUAAAACCAGCUCGAAUUAAUUCACAAAUUAUGAAUAGCACAUUUUUCAUGGGCAUAAAUCACGAAGAACAGUGGAACAUAUUUCGAAACUCUGCUGUCACUAUACCGCCAAAAUUUUCAAAGUCCGAAAGUUCAGAUGUGAAUUCCUCGCCUGAAGAACGGCUUCAAGGCUUAAGUAAAAAAGAAUCCUCGGUUGUAGAAUUUGAUGACUUUGGACGAAUAAAAGUCAAAGGAAUGCAAUACACGAAGAAAGUGUUAGUCACCGACCUGAUGGCUUGGAACAAUAGUCCGAUAUCCAUUGAGCUUCUCAAACACGUUUUCAAGCAUCAUAAGUUUGAGAAAACAUUGAGCUUUGACGUGAGUAAAGUCCUAGCUGGUAGACGAGGUUCGUUCAGGCAAGAGGGAGCUCACGAAAAUGCUGCAGUAGAGUUAUUGAAAUCAUGCUCUGAUGGUCUUCACAAAAGUAUCAUCAUGCGGUUAAUUUCAUCAAAAAACUUAUGCCCAGAUGUUGCUGACAGUAGAGGGAAUACAGGCUUGUUAUUUGCAGCAGCGAGAGAUAGAUUGGAAGUGAUAGACGUACUAUUAGAUCUUGGUGCAAAUAUUGAUGCCAUAAAUGACGAAUGUUUGACACCACUUUCCUUGUGCAUCUUACGACUACUAGAAUUGAUACACGGUGUGAGCAAUUGGUCGGAUGCAUUUUUACCAAAGAAAAGAAUAUCCGAACAGACAGUUGACAAUGAUUCUACAACGUUUAAAAACUGUGAACAAUGGCACGGAAGAAUCAGCUACGAGUCACUCGUCAAACGGAUGCCAAAACAGAUGGAUUUGACUCCAGCACCAACAGAAAAUCUACUAUCAAAAUUUCAACCAAAAUAUUUCUCUAGUAAUGGCGAAUCAGGGUCAGGUACGAAUGCAAUGAACGCCAUGACAGAUCGUGCAGGCCCGAUAAAGUUAUUAGAUCCCACGAAUCAGCAUAAAAGCAUAGGCAGUCAAUUAAACGAAAAACAUCCAGACGUAGAAGAUAAUCAUCAGAUAAGUGUAGCAGCUAGUCAAGCACAGAUCCAGAAAUACAUUUUCGACAUGUCACCUAUCAUGGAAACAUUUGAUUCUCAGAGGAAAUCGAAAAUCAGCAAACCUAAGCGCAAAAAUAAAAUUGAAAUUAAAACUACGGACGAUAGAAAACCGACAGAUAGAAAAUUAUUUUCUAAAAGUAACAAGCCGUUAAUUGGACUGGAAAAAAUUAGUAAUAACAACAACAGAGAAAUCUGUGCAAAAAUCGAAAAAGUACAUGCUACAAUAUCGAAACUUUUACAACGAGGUGCCGAUCCAAACUUUUCACAAGUACCUUACCCGGUUACAAUAAUGGUAAUUUUUACCAAAACGCCAUCUCUUCUCUCAGAACUGUUGGAGUACGGAGCGGAUCCCGAUACCACAUUAUCCAAAGUUGAUCACUAUUUUACACCACUGCUGAUCCUGGCGAUUCUUCAACCAGCUUACGAGCAUGCGCUUAUGGCAAAAGCUUUGCUAAAGGCCAAGGCAAAUCCAAGUGUAAGAGCCGAUUCUCACUACCGAUCAGACGUAAUGGAACGUGUGAGACAAAAUAGAUGUGCAGAAUUUCUCGACAGUUGCCAAGGUAUGACGGCCUUGCAUCUUUUGGCUGUUAGACACGAUAUGGAUGCAGACACGGGUGAAUACUUAGGGACACUCAUCAGAGCCAUCUAUCAAUAUGGACGUAUCAAACGCAGUGAUUUAUAUCAAGGACAUUCCCCAUUAUCCUUAGCAAUCUUCGAAGGUAAUUUUACAGCGACAAAAGCACUUCUAAGAUCCACGUAUGUUGAUGUUAACGAACAGUUGGGUAUAGACUUGGGCAAUGCUAUGUUGAUGCUAGAAUCUCGUGUAUUGCAAGAACUCUUGCCACCUCAACUUCUGCAAAAAUUUCUCGAACUGCUGUUACAGUACGGAGGCUGUCCAUUUGAGUCGGUCAACGUAUUAGGAGAAGACUAUAACCAAAUAGAAUACGGAAGGAAAGAAUUAAUGAAAUUAUCCAAUCCAGUUGUGAGUACAACAGAAAUUAAAGAGAAAGGAAAAAAGACAAAUGCAUCGAAGAGAUCCAAAUCCUCAAAGCUAUCUACAGCAACGAACUUUGCUAAAAGCAUGAAUUUCAUUGAAACAGUGGCUAAGGAAAAAUUGAUACGAAGAAUCAAAGCAAAUCUUGUGCGAGGCUUGAUGGACUUGCCUGUAAUGCUCUUGCCUGUAGAAAACCGAUUAGCAUUGCUUAAAGAGCCAUUAUUUAAGCAUGCGGAAGCUUGGAUGAAUGCGGAAGAUUUGGCUAUUAUUAUGGAAACUAUGAACUGCAGUCGUAGUAACGUCAAAGGAUUAGUGAGGCUCUUUGUAACGGCAUGUAUACCAGCUUACGAAAAAAUGGUACCUGAAAUAGAUACACUGAUACAAAACGAAACAGAAACAAUAAUGAACAGAGUAAUGCCGUUGGUAGGCCUUAAGAAAAAUGUUGCAACAGCUGCAGAUUAUAAAGUGGAAAGAGCCAGUUUCGACACAGAAACCAAAAACUUGAAUUCAAUUGUAGUAUAUCCAACUGAGACGGAUCCUAACCGUAAUAAGUUUAAAGUCUGUUUCGAGUGCUUCGGUGUUCAUGGAAAAGUUCUGAUCGUAUGUCCCACGUGUAAGCAAUUGUAUUUCUGCUCGCAAGAGUGUAACGAGAAAAAUGUUACACUGGAGAAAAAUCCUCACCAAUGCCCGAUUUUCUACCAAAAGGAACGGACCAGACUGGAGAGAAUUGCCAUGAUUUUAGGCAUCGACCCAAUAAAUUGUAUGCGAGAAAAGUUUCAAAAUCCGGAGCUGUACACGGAUCUUGAAAAACAAAUUGGACUAUUCAUUGAGCAAAGAGAAAAUAGUAUUGGUGAGCGGAUCGAAAACAAAGCUGAUGGUGAUAAUGUAAAAUCUAGAAAAAACCCAGUGCCUGGUUUGAUUUUUGAAAAAGUAAACAAAGAGGAUGAUGGCGGUGAAAUUAAUUUACAAAACAUCGUCAAAGGUGGCGAAUUAAUCAAAAACAACAGUGGUGCGAAAAAUGUUGGCGAGGCGAAAAUUUUCAGCAAGGAAAUCGAUGAGAGUUAUAAGGAUGUCAAGUUCAAGGGUAAGAAAAUUGAAGACGGUAAUAUUAAAUCAAAAACGGAAGGAGAAAAAACUGGAUACAAGACUAUGAAUAGUAAAAUAAAUAGUGAUGAGGGAUAUGAGAUGCUAUCGGAAAAAGGCAGAGAAUAUCCUGUAAACGAUAAUUACAAAAUUGAAAAUAGUGGCGGUUAUGGUAGAAAAUAUAAGGAAACAAGUAAAAAAGGUAUUAAGCUUCAUAAGAACGAAAUCGAAGACAGUAGCUCGACGUUUAAAAAUAAAUUUGGUAAUUUGGAAGGGAAGAAAGGUGACCGGAAACCAAAUUACGUUGAUACCAGAGACCGUGUACAAAAAAACCGUGAAGAUAAACCGAAUAAAGAAAAUUGGAUAAAACACACGGAUAAGAAAACUAAUGAACUGCCAUCACAUGCUAUAAAAUCACCAAAGAAAAAACACAGGCAUAUAGCUGAAAAUAAUAUUCCAAAAAAAUAUAUCAAUUGGUUACUAAAAGUUAGUAAAUCUGCAGGAAAAAAUUUGGAUAUUGAUAUGCUUCUACUUCCUUACGUAGUUUUUGCACAAGGAGAUACAUAUUUCAGAAUACUACCAAGCGAACAAUAUUCCAAGUCUGCAGGAAACUAUAGUCUGAUUUGA